ACAAGAUAUAUAUCUUCUUUAGUUGUAUGCAAUAUUUAUACAAAAGACAUACAUAUACAAAAGAAAAAGAAAGUCUCCUCAUGGCUCAACCUUACAGAACUGCUUAUCAUUUCCAACCUCCCAAGAAUUGGAUGAAUGAUCCUAAUGGACCAAUGAUCUACAAGGGAAUUUACCAUUUAUUUUACCAGUACAAUCCUGAAAGUGCAGAAUGGGGAAACAUAGCAUGGGGUCAUUCUACUUCAACUGAUCUUGUCAACUGGACUAUUCAUCCUCCUGCUCUUUUGCCUUCAGAUACGUAUGACAUUAACGGUUGCUGGUCAGGUUCCGCAACAAUUCUCCAAGAUGGCACACCAGCUAUACUCUAUACCGGAGGCGAUUCACAAAAUGUUCAACUUCAAAAUCUAGCUGUGCCGAAAGAUCCAUCCGACCCUUACCUUGUCGAAUGGGUUAAAUCUCCUCAUAAUCCAAUCAUGACACCAAAUGAAGAGGAGAAAGAAUCGUUUAGGGACCCAACCACCGCGUGGUUAGGGCCUGAUGGGAUUUGGAGAGUUGUUAUAGGAAAUGAAAGAAAAAACAGAGGAACUUCUGUUUUAUACAAAAGCAAAGAUUUUGUUCACUGGACAGAAGCAGAGCGGCCUCUGCAUUCGUCCAGUGAAACUACAAUGUGGGAAUGCCCUGAUUUAUUCCCUGUCUUAAUUGACGGGGAAAAUGCACUUGACAUUUCGGAGAUUUUUUCAGGAAUAAAACAUGUGCUUAAAAAUAGCGUGGCUCGUUCUUUUGUUGAUUAUUAUACUGUUGGAGUGUAUGACCAUCACAACGAUGUGUAUACACCAGAUGAGGGAUCGGUAGACAAUGAAUCAGGAUUACGAUUGGAUUAUGGAAGGUAUUAUGCUUCCAAGUCUUUUUUUGAUAGUGAGAAGAAGAGAAGGAUCUUUAUUGCUUGGGUUAAUGAGUCUACAAGUAGGGAAAUCGAUUUAAUUAAAGGAUGGUCUGGUCUUCAGUCAUUUCCUAGGAAAAUUUGGCUGGAUAAAGGUGGAAAGCAAUUGAUUCAAUGGCCUGUCGAAGAAAUCGAAACCCUAAGGACAAACAAAGUUGAUUUACAAAAUAUAACACUCGAAGCUGGUUCAAAACGUGAAAUUUCUGGUGUCACUGCUGCACAGGCGGAUGUAGAAAUCUCCUUCUCAAUCCCAAUCGCGGUGCUUGAGCAGGCAGAGGUGUUGGAAUCAAGUUGGACAAAUCCACAAGAGAUGGCUAAAAAAAGUGGUUCAUCAGCGAACACUGGUGUAGGACCUUUUGGGUUGCUAGUUUUAGCCUCAAAUAACAUUGAAGAAUAUACAGCAAUAUUCUUUAGAAUUUUCAAAAAGAAUGACAAGUUUGUUGUGUUAAUGGGCUGUGACCAAAAAAGGUCAUCUGUGGGUCUUGAAUAUGAUAAAACCAAUUAUGGAGCCUUUUUGGAUAUUGAUCCUCUUACAGAAAAAUUAUCACUAAGAACUUUGAUUGAUCAUUCGAUAGUAGAAAGCUUUGGUGGAGGUGGAAAAGCUUGCAUCACAACAAGAGCUUAUCCUACUUUGGCCAUCAAUGAUAAUGCCCAUAUUUUUGUUUUCAACAAUGGAUCCCAACAUGUUGACAUCUCUACUUUGAGUGCUUGGAGUCUAAACCAGGCUCACAUCAACUGAAUCAUUAAUUAAAAAUGUAAUUUUUAAAAUUUUCAACCACCAAAACAUUUGGAGGUACAAAUAAAAGUGUUUGCCAUGUUGUUCAUUUUAUAGUUUGUUUGAAUCGUUUACUGCUCUUGCAUUUAUGAAACUACAAGUACAUACUUCCCCUUUUUUA